CUUGAGUGAUACUCGUUGCGCGUUCUGUAAUUUGGAGAGGUGUAUGCAGCGCACGGCCCGUUCGCCUUUCCAGGUGGAAAUCCAGAAGGAACUAGGACCAAACUUAACUGGGACAACUGGUGAACCCGGUUCAGGACAGGUGAAAUUCCCAGUAGGCUGUCUGUAAGGCCACAGGAUCGAUUCAGGCGUAGGAAAAUACAGCGAAACUCGGGUCAUGGAUGAACGCCAGCGGCUACACCUUGGAGGUUUAACUUCAGCCAGCUAAGGUCCAUCAGGAAUACCAGGGAUAUUCACUUAUUUUGCAAUUCAACGGUUCAUAUUUAAUUUUCAGACUUUUUUUUUUUUAAGUUGACAAAAGCUACAAUGAAAAAGAGGCAAAGUGGAGAGGAAUCAGUCAGACUGCUGUUUUGAAUGACCACCGCAGUCUCACACCAGGACGGAUACAGUGAAAAGGCGCCGAGAUGAAGGAGAAGUCCAAAACGGCCGCAAGGACUAGACGGGAAAAGGAGAACAGUGAAUUUUACGAACUGGCCAAGAUGCUGCCUUUACCGUCGGCCAUCACCUCUCAGCUAGACAAAGCCUCAAUCAUCAGACUGACAACAAGUUACCUGAAGAUGAGAAUAGUUUUCCCUCAGGGUCUGGGUGAGGCCUGGGGUCAUGCAAGUCGAACAAGAUCCUUGGAUAAUAUUGGACGAGAGCUGGGAUCUCAUUUACUGCAGACGCUGGACGGGUUCAUCUUUGUUGUGGCUCCAGAUGGGAAGAUAAUGUACAUUUCAGAGACUGCAUCGGUCCAUUUAGGACUGUCUCAGGUAGAGUUGACUGGGAACAGUAUUUAUGAAUAUGUACAUCCUGCCGACCACGACGAGAUGACUGCUGUCCUGACGCCACAUCAGCCCUAUCACUCACAUUUCGUCCAAGAAUAUGAAGUGGAGCGCUCUUUCUUUUUGCGGAUGAAAUGUGUGUUGGCAAAAAGAAACGCAGGCCUCACCAGCGGUGGAUACAAGGUCAUCCACUGCAGCGGCUACCUGAAGAUCCGUCAGUAUAGUUUGGACAUGUCACCUUUCGAGGGCUGCUACCAGAAUGUGGGCUUGGUGGCUGUGGGGCACUCUCUGCCACCCAGUGCUGUGACUGAGAUCAAACUGCACAGUAACAUGUUUAUGUUCAGAGCCAGUCUGGACAUGAAGCUCAUCUUCCUGGACUCCAGGGUAGCAGACCUGACAGGUUACGAGCCCCAGGACCUGAUCGAGAAAACCCUGUACCAUCACGUCCACAGCUGUGAUAUCUUCCACCUACGCUGUGCGCACCACCUCUUGCUGGUAAAAGGCCAAGUCACCACUAAGUAUUAUCGUUUCCUGGCCAAGCACGGUGGCUGGGUUUGGGUCCAGAGUUACGCCACAAUCGUCCACAACAGCCGAUCCUCAAGGCCUCACUGUAUCGUCAGUGUGAACUACGUCCUCACGGACACUGAGUAUAAGGGGAUGCAGCUGUCCUUGGACCAAAUGAGCCCCACCAAGCCAGCCUUCCCUUAUGCUGACAGUCACGCAGAAGACAGGAAGAGCACCAAGUCACGUCUGACCCAAGCGAAGUCCAAAGCCAGAGUGUCACCCUAUCCACAGCCUUUUUCGGCUUUCAACCCAGAGCGUUCAGAGUCAGACCAGGACAGCCAGUGGGGAGGGAGCCCGCUGACAGAUUCCGCGUCUCCUCAGCUGUUGGAUCCCGGUGAGGCUGCAGAGGCAUCUUGUGCCUACCGACUGUAUCCAGACCCAAGCUCCCUGUGCUAUGGCCUGGGUCUGUCAGAUGAUGAGCUUGCCCAUGCCCAAGCCCAAUCUCACACCACCACCUGCGACCGUGUCCGAUGCCAGAGCAGCCGUUACUUCCUGGGAACCCCCCAGUCAGGAAGAGAGGUGUGGUGGGAUGCCACGCGCUCUGUGCUCUCACUGCCAAAAUCUUCUGUAGAGAACAGCGAGGGCUUUGAAAUGACAUCCUACCAUGGAACCAUUCACGGAAGGGGCCACUGGGACGAGGAAAGUGUAGUGAGUUCACCUGACGGAGGCGGGUCCACCAGUGAUUCGGGUGAGCGUUACCAUGGUGACCACUUCCGGGCAAGCCCACGAGAGCCCAGCAAGAUGGAAACCCUGAUCCGCGCCACACAGCAGAUGAUCAAGGAGGAAGAAAGCCGUCUACAGCAACAAAAGGUGCCGGUGGACAUCUCUGGCCUCACUAAGGCCCACAGCCCGUGCUUCACGUCCUCGCUGCCCCACCACUCUCAGCUCACCAUGCCAAGCGUGGUGUGCCGUGGCCCAGGAGCCCCCAGCAUUGACCUCCCCUCUGAACGCCUCCAUCACAGAGAUAGCGUCAAAGUGCUUGGCCCCCAUGACAAUGAUGAAAACACCACCAGUCCUGCUUCUAUGUCUCGUCUCAGCAGCCCCAGCUCUGACGGGAUCCCCAGGUCGGUCCUUCCCCUCACCAAAGACUACCUGCAGACAGAUUUGUCUCCGCACUCUUCACAGCCGCAGGGGAACUUGCUGCUCUAUCCAAAUCAGGAGAGGCAGCCACUGGACAGGCAAGCAGCCUACGCUUUGACUGGAUACUCCCUGGAGCACUUGUACGACCCGGAGACCCUGCGGAGUUACUCGGGCCUGGCCUGUGCAGGAGUCCAGUAUGAUGUGGCAUCUCAUGUAAGGAUGCAAGCUGAGCAGAUGCAGGGACACAAGGCCACCUCAGUUAUUAUAACCAAUGGAAGCUGACAUAUCUGGUGCAGAUAGGUCCUGUUCUAUAAGUCAGGAUGUUACAGUAACUUGGUGCUGUAUAAACAUGCAACACUGACCAGGUGCUUGAUGCAAAAGGCGAGACAAUGAAAAAAAAAGUACCUGCACCGGCUGGAAGCGUGUGGCUCGUUCAGCACAAUUUCUGUUUGUCAGGCGUUUGUAUCAUAACAUUGCCUUUCUCUAUCAUCAGAGGAUGAUUUUCCAAGAAGCAGUAUACAAGAAGUGACAUUUGGUACACUGCCAGGCACAGGGCCGAGGUUUGCUCCAUUACAUAGACAUAUAGUGUUAGUUCAAUGGCGGUGAACUAGAGUCCCCUUCCUGCAAAGGCGACCCAAGUCUGGUUAAACAUCAAGCUGGUGUUUCUAUUCCAAACAUCUCACGCAUCAUAGGCUGUGUGAGUUAAUCUGUCUUAGACACAAUUUCCAAAGGCACUAAGAGAAUGUGUUGUUCCAUCGCCCCUUCACCUGAAAACUCCACUGCACAGAGCAUAAUGUUUGACACAUGAAGUGCAACGUUUCACUGUUGUAGUGUUUCCUGGUAUUUCUUUGUCAGUGGGCUGUAUGUGUCAUUUCUUUCUGUCCGAGUAGAGACUUUACCGGUGGCAUUAAAUUAGUUUUGGUGUUGGAUUACGCCUACAUUGGAUUAAAAAAAAAAAUGAAGUGGAAAAACAGAAAGUGAAAAAAUGUCUCUGAUAUGUAAGUGUAAAAUAUGCAGGUCACAUUUAAACUGUUCGGUGUAUAUGUAAAGCGUCCUCACCUCAAGCACAGAGAGAGAUCACAAAGCCAACUCAUUUGGAGUCUCCCUGCUGCCUUUGAAUACAGGCACUGUACCUAUCAGCUUACAACUGUGGUUAGAACAAUACUGUUUACAUAUCAGAGUAUCAUUUUUCCUGUUUUACCUCACUUAACUUUAAUCCAUCUUAUUAGCAUACUGUACGUAGAGUAUGCUUUAAAAUCCACCUGCAGUUGUUCUCAAAGACAACCAUUUGUUUUUGUUUCUUUAUUCUGUCAUGACAACCUAAAGGGUUAAAACAAUUGAUACAAACCUAUCUAAAGUAUGUUAAAUGUCUCUAGUUUCUUAUUUAAUUUAACAUGUAAAUA